AAGCUGGAGUAGGUACAAGUAUAAAGUCAUUCAUUUUAAUCGUUUAAGAAUUUUUUAUUAAAUUCGUCAUCGCUUAAUAUCGACGGCAGACAUGGUGGAACGAACGAAUAUUAAAGAAAUUAUUCCAGCAUUACCCGACGAGAAAAUUGAUAUGCUUGCCGCUACGAGUGCUCUUCAGCAGCAAGCAGCUGAAAUAAGAAAUCAAAGAAUUAAUUGGCAGUCAUAUCUACAAUCACAAAUGAUACCUAAAGAAGACUAUGACUUUAUAGUAGCUUUUGAUACAAGCGAUACUAAAGCUCGGGAAGCAAAACUAAAAGAAAAUCCACAUCAAGCUGCAAAGACUUUUCUUAAUCUUCUUGAUCAUAUUUCAAAAGAACAAACAACACAAUAUAUUCUGACGAUGAUAGAUGAUAUGUUGCAGGAAGAUCGUAGUCGUGUUGAAAUAUUUAGAGAACAUUCUUCACGUAAACGAGAAUCAGUUUGGGGACCAUUUCUUAAUUUAUUAAAUAGGCAAGAUGGUUUUAUAUUAAAUAUGACUUCUCGUAUUAUAGCUAAGUUAGCUUGUUGGAGUCAUGAGUUAAUGGAAAAAACUGAUCUCCAAUUUUAUCUAACUUGGCUAAAAGAUCAACUUAAAUUGAGUUUUGAAGCUCUUCAGGAGACAGAUUUGCAUGCAGAAGUAAUGCAGGAUACUUCUAUGGAGGAGGCAGGGGAGGCCAAUGAACUGCACGAAUUACAUAAUCCGAAUAAUGAAUACAUUCAGUCUGUCGCACGAUGUCUUCAAAUGAUGUUGCGCGUAGAUGAAUAUCGUUUUGCAUUUGUCUCUGUCGAUGGAAUUUCAACACUUUUGAGUGUCUUAUCUGGCAGAGUAAAUUUCCAAGUACAAUAUCAACUCAUUUUCUGUUUAUGGGUACUUACGUUUAAUCCAUUACUCGCAGAAAAAAUGAAUAAGUUUAAUGUUAUACCUAUUCUUGCGGAUAUAUUAAGCGAUUCUGUUAAAGAAAAAGUGACUCGAAUUAUUCUUGCAGUAUUUAGGAAUCUUAUAGAAAAAGUUGAGGAUGGCCAAGUGGCCAAGGAACACUGCAUUGCAAUGGUUCAGUAUAAAGUAUUGAAACAAUUAUCUAUUCUGGUACAGCGUAAAUUCGAUGAUGAGGAUAUUACGGAUGACAUAGAAUUUUUGAAUGAUAAAUUACUAGCAUCUGUACAGGACUUAAGUUCAUUUGAUGAAUACUCUACAGAAAUAAAAUCUGGACGUCUCGAAUGGUCACCUGUUCAUAAAUCCGGAAAAUUCUGGCGAGAAAAUGCUAGUCGAUUGAACGAAAAAAAUUAUGAACUUUUACGCAUCUUAGUUCAUUUAUUGGAAACAAGUAAAGAACCUAUUGUUUUGAGUGUAGCUAGUUUUGAUAUAGGAGAGUAUGUGCGUCAUUAUCCACGAGGAAAACAUGUUAUUGAACAAUUGGGUGGUAAACAACGAGUAAUGCAAUUAUUGGGCCAUGAGGAUCCAAAUGUAAGAUAUGAGGCUCUUCUUGCUGUUCAAAAACUUAUGGUGCACAAUUGGGAAUAUUUAGGAAAACAAUUAGAAAAGGAACAAACUGGAGCAUCGGGAACCAAGUCUGGAGCACAAGUUCCUGCGAAGGCUUAAUAUUUUGCAAUAGUGGUAUAGCUAUUUAUCUCUUAGAUAAGCAAUCGUAUAAAUGCUUAUAUCUUUUAUUAAGUAUUGAUCUUAUACGGUUACGUGAUAUAUAAUUUGCUUUCUGUAUAAAUCAAUAUCACUAUGUAUUAAUAUUAUGUACAAAAAGCUUAAUUGCAGCAAGACAAGAUAGUCCAUAAAAAUGUUCUGAUCAUUGUCUUGUUAUUCCAUUAAAUCUGAUUCAUAACUUCCAUGUAUAAAUUAUUAAUGAAUCAGUUUUAUGUACAUAUAUAAAAAUUCUUUAAAUGUAAAUGUUGUAUAGCCACAAAUAUGUAUAUUGUGGUACGAUCGUAUUACUAGAGUAGUAUAUAACAGAUUUUUAAAAUUUAAGGAAUGUUAGAAAAAAUAAAAAUAUAUACCAAUAUUAAAAUAUA